AUGGCCAACGAAGAGCCGCCGGCAAGUUACUACCAACGAUUUGCGAAUGCCUUUGAUCGACUUGUCUGGACACCUUCCUGGGUCAAAUGGGAUCCGGAUGUGAAUCAUGACCUCAGCUGGGGAAUGAACAUCCUGUUCGGGCUAUCCGCAUCUUUCAGUGUAGCGAAUCUCUAUUAUACUCAUCCUAUCUUAAAUAUCCUUGCGGACGACUUCGGUAUUUCAGAUCAACAUGCCUCGUUGGUACCGACUAUGACUCAAGCUGGAUAUGCUGCUGGACUUCUUCUGAUCGUACCUGUUGGCGAUAUUGUUCGGCGACGGCCUAUGAUUCUAUGUCUAAUAUUCGUAACGGCUCUGAUAUGGCUUGGCUGUACUCUUACUCAGUCCUUUUCGUCAUUCCUCGGCCUCUCGUUUAUCGUCGGUCUCUUGACUGUAACUCCGCAACUUAUGUUCCCGUUAGCGGUUCAAUAUGCCCCAAAACGGCAUCGGACUACUAUGAUAUCGGUGGUUAUGUCUGGCCUUGUGUUUGGUGUCCUCGUUGCGCGUCUUCUUAGCGGUAUUAUCACCCAGUACACCUCGUGGAGAAACGUCUAUUGGAUUUCGUUCGGCCUUCAGGUGCUUGUGUGGAUACUCCUCUUCUUCACUAUGCCCGAUUAUCCCACCCUAAGCCCUGGCACAUCUUAUCCAAGGAUACUUCUGAAAAUUGUUACUCUCCCUUUCCUCAAGCCGGAUCUUACUCAGAUGGCUCUUAUAGCCUUUUUGACCUCGGGGAUGUUCACGUCAUUCUGGACGACCUUGACGUUUCAAUUAGCUGACGUUUUCCACAUGUCAACAUUGGCGAUUGGACUAUUCGCUCUUAUCGGCAUCUCACCGGUGUUUCUUAAUCCGGUCAUCUCUCGCUUGCUCAUAGCACGCCUACAUCCUCACGGUACACUUAUUAUUGCGCACCUAGUGACUCUUGCUGCGAUCUGUAUCGGCACAUUCGUUGGUACGUUUUCACUCGCAGGCCCUGUCAUCUGGGCAUUCUUCGGAGAUCUAGGGAUGAAUACAAUUGUUGUUGGAAAUCGUGUGGCCAUAGCGCAUGUUGAUCCUACAGCUCAAAAUGCUGUAAAUUCCAUCUACAUGGUUCACACGUUUUGCGGACAGCUUUUUGGUACAGCAGUCGGCAACGCACUUUACGCGAAGGGAGGAUGGACAUACUCCGGUGCCUUCAAUAUCGCACAGAUGAUAGCUGGGCUACUGAUACUUUUUGUGAGAGGACCACACGAGAAACGUUGGUUAGGUUGGAGUGGUGGAUGGGACAUGAGAAAACCCAAGAUAGAAGAAAACGGCUCGCCUCUCGGAGCGCAAGCCGACGUGGAGGCAAACCCAGAGGAAGUAGCUACUGAAGUCCCGACUGAAGUGCCUACGGAAGAUGAAGGUCCUAAGGAAAAGGUAGAAAAUGGUGAUGAAAAGAUAUAG